AUGGCCAUCGACAAGAAACAGACAGCCCUGGCUUGUCAGAAAUGUCGCACGCCCAUAGACAUCGACGCCUCCAUCGACCAGCUCAACCCGGCCGCCUUUAAGCUAUUGACUGACUCAACGGUAUCAGGCCAACAGCCAGCGUCACGGAUCUCCCCGAACCGCCAGUCGCGCCCUCCGAACCCGCCCGAACACCUCAAGACAUAUCAAGAUGCCGCCAAAGACGCCCGGAAUCCUACCUUCAAGCGCAACAUCCAAGGCGCACCGCCUUCCGCACUCCCAAAUGGCCCUCAAAACCCCGCCAUGUCCUUCAUCGACGUACACAUGUCCGAGUCGAUGAUAGACCCAUCCUCUGCGGCCGUCCGUAGCCCAGAUCGGAAAUCACAAGCAGGGGAGACGAAGCCGAAUGCGAAUGACAAGACACGACGGAAGAGCUUCUCAAAUGGACUGGGCAUACACGGAGGCGCAAGUCUGGCCGAUACACUGGAAACAACAAACCGCAUGUUCGAGAUACUAUCAGCACGCUCCGAUGUCGACCACCCCAUUUGCGUAGAGUGCACCGAGCUGCUCAUCGAAGGCCUUCAGAAGCGACUAGGCGUAGCGACCCGCGAACGCGACGCAUACGUCGACUACCUGCGCCGCGCCAACACCGACGUGCCCAGCGCCGAAGAAGUCAAAGCCGCCGAAGCCGCCCUCAAAGCAGCCAAGAAAGCCGAAAGCACCGCCAUCACGCAGCUCGAGAACCUCGAAGCCGAAAAGGCCGAACUAGACGCCCAGCUCGCCGCCCUAGAAGUCGAGAGCCGGAUCCUCGACCAAGAAGAAAGCGAGUUCUGGAAGAGCAGAAACGCCUUCAACACCACCUUGACCACGAUCCAAAACGACCGCGACGCUCUAGCCACGCGGUAUGCACACGAUGCGCAGAUUCUAAACCAGCUACAAAGGAGAAGUGUAUACAACGACACCUUCAACAUAACCCACGACAACCACUUCGCCACCAUCAACGGCCUCCGCCUCGGCCGCCUGCCAAACCCCUACGUCGACUGGCCCGAAAUCAACGCUGCAUGGGGUCAAACAUGUCUCCUCCUCGCCACCCUAGCCGACCGACUAAACUACAAGUUCGACGGCUACGAACUCUGUCCCAUGGGCUCUACAUCGACCAUCACGCGUAUCGAAACCAAAGGCGGCACUGGAAACACAGUGUCUGAAUCAACACGCCAACCCCAAUCUACAAGCGCCAACUCACCCCAAGUAACAAGACAGAAACUCGAACUCUACUCCUCCGGUGACUUUCCCAUAAACUUUGGGUUUCUACAUCGAAAGUUCGAUACGGCCAUGGUGGCGUUUUUGGAAUGUCUACGGCAAUUGGGUGAGUUUGUGGAGAACUCUGCUGCUGCGCCGUCGUCACAUGGCGUAGGUGGUGUUAGUCCAGUAGCGCCUGGAGUUGGACCACCAGGCGGCGUCAAGAUGCCGUAUGAGAUACAGAAAGAUCGCAUUCAUGAUCAGAGUAUCAAGUUGGCGUUGAAUAAAGAUGAGGGAUGGACGAAGGCGUGCAAGUAUACGUUGACGUGUUGGGAGUAG